AUGAACGCCAACAUUGUCCCUGUAUUAGGGAUCCACACUCUCCAUACGCCAGGUGAUGCCAAAGAGAUCGCCAUUGAUAUCGUCCACAUACAUGGGCUGGGAGGCCAUGCAAUCAAUACUUGGAGCCGCGGCGAGAUUUGCUGGCCUCGAGACCUACUGCCGCAAGCUCUUCCAGUUGUCGCUCGUGUCUUGACUUUCGGGUAUGAUGCGGGUAGAUUUGGGGUGAACGCAAAUCUCGACAUCGAGGAUGCGGCGCUUCAGCUGAUCAGCGAGCUGGAAAGAGUUAGAUCAACUUCAGAGGAAAGAAAACGAUCCUUCGUCGCCAUUGCACAUUCUCUCGGCGGAAUCGUGCUCAAGAAGGCUCUGAUCAUGAGUAAUAACAAGAUGUCCCUGAGACAUAUCCUUGGAAGUCUGGCUGGGAUUAUAUUCCUAGCAACACCUCAUCGAGGAAGCGCGUUAGCCGAUGUUGCGGAUAAGUUUUUGCGUUUGAAUCUUGUUAUAGGUGCACCGCAGAAAUUUAUAAAGUCGCUCAGGCAAAAUUCACAAGAGUUAGCAAGUAUUGCGGACGACUUCAGACAGAUUGCAGAUCAGAGGUCCCUUCCAAUUACCAGCUUCUAUGAGCUCCUCCCAACUAGAGGCCGUUUGAUCUGCUUCAGCGAUAUUGUUGUCUACAAGGAAUCGGCUCUUCUCAGCAUCCAAAGCGAAAACGCUCUUGGAGUCGCCCUCAAUCAUCAUGAAAUCUGCAAAUAUCGAGACGCUAAUGACUCGGUAUUCAGAGACUUGGUGAGCCGGGUACGAACCUUUAUAGAGCGCGGACCGAUCCAGAGCCGGGCACGCGUCUUUUUGCCCUGGGACACAACACAGCAUUUCACUGGUCGACGAGACUGUCUGCAGCAGAUCCAUGAAUCUUUCUGCGGAACUGGUCGCCGCAUAGUUGCUCUUUACGGAGAUGGCGGAAUGGGUAAAACGGAGGUUUCUUUGAAAUAUGCCCGGGAGAACGAACAUCACUAUGAUUAUGUCUUCUUCGUGGAUUCGGCAAGUGUACAAUCCCUAGAAGCUGAUUUUAUUAAUCUCCACGAUAAAGUGGGUCUGUCCUCCGAAAAGGGGCGAGAGUUCGAGGAGAUGAAGCAAUUUCUUUUACGCGAGCGGCAUUGGUUACUUGUGCUCGAUAACGACGACGACUGGGUUGCCUUGGACCAGUUACGAUUCCCGGAAACAAGCAAUGGCCAUAUUCUUAUUACGUGUCGAGGCCGAGAGCACACCAGCGACCCGCGAAUUAGCAGAGCUAUCGAAGACGACGGUCAGCUUUCUGAAGCGCGCGGUCUCUCCGCAGCCAUACUGGGGAAGUGA